AUGUCGGAAGUCGAAGCUCAAGUGCGACCCCAGCUCCGUCCGGAAUCUUGGCUGAUAAUUCGCCGACAGAACCGUGCACCACGCCAGUCGUCAAAGAGACCCUUACCUACACCCUCGGGGUCAACCAGUGGGAUUAGUUCACAGAGUAUUAUCCCACAUGCUGAAAACACUAGAACGCAUCGUAACGAUGCCUUUUCUUUCAAUAAUAUCCAGUAUCCUCUUGACUCAUCUACACACAGUCAACGUGCAGGUUCUGCUCCUCCAGAUCUACCACCAUAUCCGCCAUAUCGCGUAGAUGGUGAGCCAGCCAUCAAGAGGGAGCGGACAUAUCGUGGCGAUAAUACUGCCAGGUCAAUCUUCAAGGAGAAUUUUGAGAACUUGGGCAUCCUUGCCACCGAGGAGGAGCCCAUCGAUGAGCCCAGCACUAGUAUUGGCGCCGACUUGAUCGCGCAGGGCGCUCGUUCCUUGGCGUUCCUGAAGGACCGAUAUGUCGUGAAUGAUUUCAUUGACAGAUGGUUCACCGGCUGCGAAGGUGCCGAUGACAUAUCAAUCGAGGGUGUCCUCAAAGCUUGGCUAAGAGGCUUAUGGCUCUGUCAUGGAGAAACAUUAGAGCGACAAGACCCGGACCAGUUACUUCGGCUCUCAGAACUUCUUUGGACUAAUACGAAGAAACCUCUCGAGUAUGAUGGCAACACGUCUAUCCUAGAAUGGGCAGAUCGUGCAACGGGACCCAAUAUUCGAUGGGAAGUGAUUGGGACUAUCGCGGCAACCAUCGGUAUAUGCGUGAAAUACGUCGAUCCGACAAUCGAGCUUUUCAAAAUUCACAAGAUCGAUCGUAACGCAUUAGCCAAGCAAGUCAAUAUUGUCUCCAAUGCCUGUGUAAAGUAUACUCAGAAAUGCGGAGUAUUCGACGACCUCUACGUCUGGCUCCUGAACGAAAACUGGACCUGUUCAGUACUUGUUCAGGGGCUCAAUAAAUACGAGAGCUACAAGCAAGGAGGAGAGGUCAUUUCGACCAUCGUUUAUUUGAAAUGGCAUUUGGAAAUCGAGGCCAAUGCCAAAAUCCCGUUCUUCCUUGCGGAGCUACGCAAGAGAGCACGAGCAUGCGCAUUCUGCGCCGAAAUUGGCGGCGCUUCUUUCCACGGCCGUCCACCACGUCUUCAAUACCACUACUGGAAUAUGGAACCGCCACUUGAUUUGUCGGACAAGGAACUCAUGCUAGACAGAGCUGAACUUGAGCCUGUCCUGAGGCAAUUGGACAAGAAUGGGUUUGGCACAGCUGAAAUCAUUAGUCGUGGUACCUGGUACCGGACCUGGGUGAGUUUUUGUAUGAGGAGGGCAGAUAUCCUCGACCUUUCACUACGUGCGUACACGGACGAAGAAUUACUGCGGCUAGCCGAAGAAAUCGAGCGAAAAACAGAAGAGCACUGGCAAAACCUUCCCACCAUCAUUCGGGAUGCAAGACAUCAGAGAAUUAACCCCGCCCACAGCUCUUUAAAGCAACUAUACUUGACCAUCCUACGCCAAGGCACCCGAAGCAACGAGCUCCUUCUUCAAAGAGUGCUCAUCAGACGGAAACUUGCUACACCUGAGAGAAUGAUUCGAAUUGCCCAGGCCGCGCUGAAGGACGUUCUCGAAGCCCAGACGAAUGCAGAAAUGGCUUCAAACUACCAGCUAGAUCUCACAGCCUUAAUUGUUGUGCAUGGUCUCAGGGCCGCCGCGAUCAUCGCAUCAGAGCUGUUCAAGCAAGAGCAGCUGCCAGUCUAUCCUAUAGAGCCGCUCUUACCCCGUAGCCAGACGAUCCGAGACCUCUCUGUUUUCGAGGACAGGCUGGCUAAUGUGGACCCAAGUGAUGGUCUGUACGAAAUGAGCCAGUCCGGACGAAACAUGCUCAGUUUUGUGCUGGACAAGAUCCUUGAUCAUAAAGGCGACCACCCUGUUUCUGCAUCUCAACAAUGUCCGAACCCCGAAAGUCAUGAGCAGUCUCAGCAGCAACAAAUAGGGUAUGGGCAGAUGGAAGUCGAUAUGGUUGGCAACUCGGGUGUGCAGUAUGUGCCGUAUAUGGGCAAUAUGAUCCAACCGGAGUUUACUUUCGAACCGCCGGAAUAUUUGAUGGUAGCUGAUGAUAAUGCCAUGACGAUGCAAUGGCUUGAUAGUGUGGAUUGGGAACGGCAGGGACCACCAAUGGGAUUUCUCUGA